AUGGCUUCCAUGGCUUUUCGUUCUGUGCAGCCUACUCGUGUCUUUCGUUCCUCCAUGUCCGCCCCCGUCUCGGCUUUUGCUGGCCGUCAGUCCACCCGCAACGUUUCCUUCAACUCAUACCUGGUCACCCCUACACAACUGAACGAAGCCUUGAAGAAGAACCCACCGACCAAAAUCUCCACUUCGCCUAGAGUUAUCCCGCUCUGUGCAGCAUGGUUCAUGCCAAAUGACCCCGAGGGCCGGACGGGAAUUAAGUCCUUUCGUCAAUCUCGCAUCCCGCAAUCGCGAUUCUUCGACCUCGAUGCUAUCAAGGACAAGGAUUCACCUUAUCCCCACAUGCUUCCGACCUGCGAGACAUUCGCCGAGGCGAUGAGUGAAUUAGGAAUUCGUCGUGAUGACGAUGUGGUUGUGUACGACACUGCUGAGCUGGGUAUCUUCUCUGCCCCCCGCGUGGGCUGGACCCUGCGGGUCUUCGGUCACCCCAACGUGCACAUUUUGAACAACUAUCGUCUUUGGACUCAGCAGGGUCUUCCGACGGAGAGUGGCGAGCCUACCCAGUUCGAGAAGAGUAAGUAUUCCGUCCCGACUUAUGACUCGAAGUUGGUGAUUUCCUUCCGCGAGAUGAAGGAGCUGGCGGGGGAUUAUGGAAAGGAGGGCGCGGAGGAGGUGGAGAUCUUGGAUGCGAGAUCAUAUGGUCGCUGGGCUGGUACCGACCCUGAGCCUCGAGCGGGUCUGUCCUCAGGCCAUGUGCCAGGCUCGCGAAGCCUGCCCUUCCAACAAUUGCUCGAUCCGGAGACGAAGACUUAUCUGCCUGCUGAAGACCUCCGGAAGGUCUUUAAGGAUAAUAAGGUGGAUGAUAGUCGGACAAUCAUCAGCUCUUGUGGCACUGGUGUCACUGCUUCGAUCAUUGAGACUGCACUGGGGGAGGCGGAGUAUGGAGAUGCGAACUUGCGCCGAGUGUAUGAUGGCAGCUGGACUGAAUGGGCACAGAGAGUUAAGGAGUCAGAUGGACUCAUCAAGAAGGUGAAGGCGUAA